AUGGUUGAUCCUGAACCAACUCCACCCGGCAGUGCGGCGAGCAGAAAGCUGCAUUUCAUUUGUGGAGGAAGUGACAGUCGGCAAGAUGUUGAAGGCCCUAAGAGAGAAAAGAAAAGGAGGCUGGACCUGGAGGACACCGAACAGAAGGACUCUAGAGCUGAAUUUGAGGCUAAAUACCAGGAAAUGUAUCAGCAACUGGGCGCAGGAGGAUGUGGAGCUGUGUUCGCUGGCUAUCGCAGAGAAGAUGGUUUGCCCGUCGCCAUUAAACACAUAGCAGAAGGCUACGUCUUCUGCAAACACGUGGACUAUAAUGGGAGGGAGCUCUCCAUCGAGGUGGCCGUCAUGCUGAGACUGCAGGAGGAAACGAGCGGUCCUUUGGGAACCCCUGCGCUAGGGGCACCAGUAUUCCUACUAGACUGGUACAAUCUGGACAAGGAGCUGAUCCUGGUCCACGAGAGGCCGGUCCCUUGCAAAGACCUACUUAACGACAUCAAGGACAAAGGAGGCUCCUUACCAGAGGAGGAGGCCAAGAUCAUACUUAAACAGCUGGUGGAUGCAGCAGUCGACCUGCAGGAGAAACACAUUUUUCACCAGGACAUAAAGGUGGAGAACAUUUUGAUCGAGACCGGCUCGGACAUCCCGCGAGUUCGUCUUAUUGAUUUUGGACUGAGCCGCUUCGUGAAGAAAGGGGCCUCAUACCGCCGAUACUACGGCACCUAUCAACACGUACCUCCACAGUGGUACAGCUGUAACCAGAACAGACCCGGACCCACCACGGUGUGGCAGAUGGGAGUGGUCCUGUUCGAAACGCUCCACACCGGUGAAGACUUUAUGACCAAGAGGUUCAUGGAAAAGUCUCUGACAAUCAGCGAGACGCUGUCCGAAAAUUGCCAGGACUUCUUAAGACUGUGUUUGAUGGAAGACCCCAAACAACGUCCUUCCCUGAAGCAGCUCAGACGUCAUCGAUGGCUCAAAUAA